UCAAAGACCAAAUGUUCCUACCUUGUUUUCACUCACUUGUUGCCCAUGGUUUUAAACUGUAAAGAGAAAUAGAAACCAUCAAAGAAUACUCAUAACGCCCACAAUUUCUUGAAUCGUCUGUUUUUCUCUUUGAUCCCCCCAUUAAACCCAAGAUUUUCUACCUUUUGUUAACCCCACAAUCUGCUCCUUAAAUAACAUUGCCAAUAUUCAUUAAAACAUAGCAUUGUUUCGAAUUUUCUCUUGUUUUAUCUUCAUUUGCAGGACAUCAAACAAGGUUUUUCAAGGUUUUGGCAAUCUGGGUCUUUUUCUAAUUUGUGGUCGAUGGGGGAAUCAGAGGAAAAGAAGAGCACGAAGAGGGAUAAAUUGAGGUGGAGAUGGGUGAUUGGAGCUUCCAUUACAAUUGUUCUUGCUAUUGCUUUGGCUUCAAGGACUAAACCAGAGAUCUCUCCGAAUUUUGGAGACACAAACAAGUCUUGUCAAUGUUCUCAGGGAAAACACAGGCAUAAGGGGACUGUAGAGGAUUGUUGUUGUGAUUAUGAAACUGUGGACCAUCUUAAUGGUGAAGUAUUACAUCCAAUACUUCAGGAACUUGUCAAAACCCCAUUUUUUCGGUACUACAAGGUUAAAUUGUGGUGUGAUUGCCCAUUUUGGCCUGAAGAUCAUAUGUGCCGUUUGCGGGAUUGUAGUGUUUGUGAAUGUCCAGAAAGUGAAUUCCCGGAUUCAUUCAAGCCCUUCCAACGUACCCUUUCAUCAGGUGACCUUAAGUGCCGAGAAGGAAAGCCACAGGCUGCUGUUGACCGCACGCUAGAUAGUAAAGCUUUUAGAGGGUGGACAGAAACAGAUAAUCCCUGGACGUAUGAUGAUGAGACUGAUAAUUCCGAGAUGACUUAUGUGAAUCUUCAACUGAACCCAGAGCGCUAUACUGGCUACAAUGGUACAUCGGCUAGAAGGAUAUGGGAUGCUGUCUACUCGGGGAACUGUCCCAAAUAUCCAGCUGAAGAGUUAUGCCAAGAAGAAAAAACACUAUACAAAUUGAUUUCUGGUCUUCACUCAUCUAUUUCGGUCCAUAUAGCUUCUGAUUAUCUGAUUGACGAAGCUACAAACUUGUGGGGCCACAAUCUUGAAAUAAUGUAUUAUCGGGUUUUACAAUAUCCAAAUCGUGUUGAAAACCUGUACUUCACAUUCCUCUUUGUUCUCCGAGCUGUGACAAAGGCAGCUGAAUACUUGGAACAAGCUGAAUAUGAUACAGGUAAUCCAACCGAAGACCUAAAAACGCAGUCCCUAAUGAAGCAGCUACUUUAUGAUCCAAAACUGCAAGCUGCAUGCCCACUUCCAUUUGAUGAAGCCAAAUUGUGGAAAGGACGAAGAGGACCAGAACUGAAACAGAAAAUACAAGCACAAUUCAAAAAUAUCAGUGCGGUGAUGGACUGUGUUGGGUGUGAAAAAUGUCGACUUUGGGGAAAGCUUCAGGUUUCUGGUCUUGGAACUGCACUGAAGAUUCUGUUCUCUGUAAAUGACGAGGAGAAUUUGAUUCAGAUAUUGCAGUUGCAAAGGAAUGAAGUAAUUGCGCUGAUGAAUCUACUCAAUCGACUAUCGGAGUCUGUAAAAUUUGUGCAUGAAAUGGGAGCGGCAGCUGAAAUGGGAAGGAUGCAUUAUUCCAGUAGGUUGAAGAGCCUAGUGCAAAGGAUAUUGGCAUCUAUUGUUAAGACAUAGAUAAGGAUGAGAAAUUCAACUGCAAAGACCCACAGAAAAAAUUAGAAUUAGGGUUUUGGAGAAAAUAUAAAAUUUUGGCAGUGUACAAUCAGACAGAUUAAUGUCAAACAAAACUAGAAGUUAACACGAGUUAAAAUUGAGUGUUAGUAUCA